AUGGCCGCCACUUCACCGCUUCCCACCGAGCAGCUCCAGCAGAUUGCCAGCAACGCCUGCGAACAAGCAAUCGGCGAAGCUGCGCUCUAUGAUCACUCCAAAGUCGCCGACUGGAACACGACCAUCAUCCAAAACAUUCUCAAAGCCGUCAUCGAUGCCACAACAGUAAAGACUGAGGGUGGCGAGACCAGCCAACCAGCCUUCAAGUACAUCGCCAAUAGCACAGUCAUCCAGCACAUCGGCUCUCCUUCGGAGCCCGAGAAGCACGGCCGCCGCGGCAUGCACAGUGCCGUGGGUGCCUACUGGAACAACGAGAAGGAUGGGACAUACAGCUACAAGUGGGAGGCCGCUGAGAAGAAAGGCAUGGAUAUUGUUAUCACAAUCACCUGGAUCGCCAUAUAG